UUUUCCACUUGUCAAGGAAGGUGACGUCCAUCGUCCCAGAGAGCUGCCUCCUCAUCCUGCUGGGGCUGGGCCUGGGGGGCAUUGUGUUGGCCGUGGCGAAGAAAGCCGAGUACCAGCUGGAGCCCAACAUGUUCUUCCUCUUCCUUCUGCCCCCCAUCGUCCUAGACUCAGGCUACUUCAUGCCCAGCCGGCUGUUCUUCGACAACAUCGGUGCCAUCCUCACCUAUGCAGUGGUGGGCACGCUCUGGAACUCCUUCACCACCGGCACUGCGCUCUGGGGGCUGCACCGAGCUGGGCUCAUGGAUCCAGGCGUUGAAGCUGGCCUGAUGGACUUCCUGCUCUUCGGCAGCCUCAUCUCAGCUGUGGACCCCGUGGCAGUGCUGGCCGUCUUCGAAGAGGUUCAUGUAAAUGAGACCCUCUUCAUCAUCGUGUUUGGCGAAUCUCUCCUGAACGAUGCUGUCACUGUGGUACUGUACAAGGUCUUCAACUCUUUUGUGGAGCUGGGCCCAGCGCACAUCCAUGCCACGGACUACGUGAAGGGGGUAGCCUCCUUCUUCCUGGUGAGCCUUGGGGGCACGGCCGUGGGACUGCUCUUCGCCUUCCUCCUGGCCCUGAUCACACGGUUCACCAAGCGUGUGCGCAUCAUCGAGCCACUCUUCAUCUUCCUCCUGGCCUACAUCGCGUACCUUGCUGCCGAGAUGGUCUCACUCUCCUCCAUCCUGGCAGUCACCUUCUGUGGGAUCUGCUGCAAGAAGUAUGUGGAAGCCAACAUCUCCCAGAAAUCCCGCACCACUGUUAAGUACACCAUGAAGACACUGGCUAGCAGCUCAGAGACCAUCAUCUUCAUGUUUCUGGGCAUCUCGGCUGUGGACACCUCCAAGUGGGCAUGGGACACAGCACUGGUGCUGGGCACCCUGUUCUUUAUUCUCCUCUUCAGAGCUGUGGGUGUUGUCCUCCAGACCUGUGUGCUCAACCGCUUCCGCCUCAUCCCCCUGGACAGAAUCGACCAGGUGGUCAUGUCAUACGGUGGCCUCCGUGGAGCUGUGGCCUUCGCCCUUGUCAUCCUGCUGGACAGGGCAAAAGUGAAAGCCAAGGACUACUUUGUGGCAACAACCAUUGUGGUGGUGUUCUUCACUGUCAUUGUGCAGGGCCUCACCAUCAAACCCCUGGUGACAUGGCUGAAGGUGAAGCGCAGUGACCACCACAAGCCCACACUGAAUGAGGAGCUGCAUGAGCAUGCCUUUGACCACAUCCUGGCAGCGGUGGAGGACAUUGUGGGGCACCACGGCUACCAUUACUGGCGUGGCAGGUGGGAACAGUUUGACAAGAAGUACCUGAGCCAGCUCCUGAUGCGGAAAUCUGCCUACAGGCUGCGGGACGAGAUCUGGGAUGUUUACUAUAAGCUGAACAUCCGUGAUGCUAUCAGCUUUGUUGACCAGGGUGGCCAUGUGCUCUCUGCUGCCAAGCUGGCGCUGCCCUCCAUGCCCAGCCGCACGUCCAUGUCAGAGUCAUCAGUCACAAACCUCCUAAGGGAGAGCGGGAGCGGCGCGUGCCUGGACCUGCAGGUGAUCGACACAGUGCGGAGCCGCCGGGACAAGGAGGAUGCUGCCAUGCACCAUGUGCUGCGAGGGAGCCUCUACAAGCCCCGCCGGCGGUACAAGGCCAGCUACAGCCGUCACUUCAUCUCUCCAGAUAAACAAGAGCGCCAAGAUAAAGAAAUCUUCCGGCAGAACAUGAAGAGGCGGCUGGAGACCUUCAAGUCCACAAAGCACAAUGUCUGCUCCUCCAAGAGUAAGGCCAGGCUGAAGGAAAAGGGCAGGAAAAAGAAGAACACCUCUCUGACCAGUGAGGCACCCAAUGGGAAGACACACAGAAAUGUCCCCUGGCAGGAGGCGGCUCCUGUCCUGGUGAUGGUCAGCUCAGAGGAGGAGGAGAGCGAUAGCUCAGAGACAGAGAGAGAAGAUGAUGAAGGGAUUGUGUUCAUCGCUCGAGCCACCGAUGAGGUCCUGCAGGGAAAGACAAAUCCUGGCAGUCUGGAUGUCUGCCCCAGCCCCUGCAUCAUCCCACCAUCGCCCACCUUGGCAGAGAAGGAGCUGCCAUGGAAAGGAGACCAGGCUGAUCUGGCUGUUUAUGUCUCCUUGGAGACCACCAAAAUCGUGCCAGUGGAUAUGCAGAAGGCGUGGAACCAAAGCAUCUCCUCCCUGGAGAGCAUCGCUUCCCCCCCAGGCAUCGAGAGCGGACCUCAGCACAGGAGAUUUGCCUGCCCUGUGCUGGAGGAACAACCCCAGUCUGCGAGCCAGGCAAUGCCAGAGCAGAGCUCCCGCUUCCAGUUCCCCAGCCAUGUCUCUAAGAGCGGCCAGUCGCAGAGUGACAGCAGCCCGGUUGCCGCUGAGCAGCAGGAGCUGCAGCCU